AUGCCCAACCCUUCGGACCGCCGAGUUCAGCUCCUGAAGACUGCUUUCGUUGUCUACAACCACGCAGAUCUCGACAAAGCAAAAGAAUUCCUACUCGACUUUGGUCUACAUGUUGCCUUUGAGAAACCAGGUCAAAAGAUAUAUUUCAAAGGUUAUGGCGCCGAGCCGUACGUCUACGUGGCUUGCAAAGCUGAUACAUCCAGCUUUGGGGGGGGUGCAUACGUUGUUGAUUCGUUCGCCGAGCUUGAAAAGGCUAAACAAAUCCCCGGAGCGAGCACUAUUAUGCAACUGGAAGAUGAAGCUGGCGGAGGUCAACUGGUUACUCUAACCGAUCCAUUUGGGCACAAGGUACAUCUCAUCUGGGGAUGGCGUGAAAAAUCAGCUGAACCCAUGAAGCUGGAAAAAUUGGUGGUCAACUACGAAGACGAGAAGCCACGAAAGGGUCGAUUCCAACGGUUCAAGCCAGGUCCAGCCCCAGUUCAUCGCUGGGGUCAUUAUGGGGUCACUUAUCCAGAGGGCCAGUACCAAGCAAUGUAUGACUGGUACACGCAGAAUCUGAGUCUGGCAACAUCAGACAUCGUUUACAAAGACGGAAAGCCAAUCACUUGUUUUUUCCACGUUGACCGGGGUCAAGACUAUACCGAUCACCACGCGUUCUUUUUCAAGAAGGCCAAACCGGGGGAACCUCUGACCGUGGCCCAUGCAGCAUUUGAGGUCCAUGAUUUUGACAUUCAGCAACUGGGACACGACUAUCUCGCUUCGAAAGGCCAUGAACUCUGCUGGGGUGUUGGACGACACGUUCUCGGUAGCCAAGUAUUCGAUUACUGGUUUGAUUCCAGCCGCUUUGUCGUGGAACAUUACGCCGAUGGAGACCUUGUGAAUUGCGACACGCCAGUUUCUCACGUCCAAGCCGGACCUGAUGCGUUGUCUGUAUGGGGUCCUCCAGUACCCAAAGUUUUUUAA